UUUUACUUUCUCUCUCUCCCGCUCUAACCAAAAAUCUGUGUUGCUUGCAUCUUACUACCCUUUUUUCAUUUAAUCCUCAUUUACUGCUAAAACCCUAAAACACACACUCAUCACCGCUUCACAAUUAUUCCUCAAACUCCUCCAACUUCUCUUCCUUCUUCUCACCGUUUAUUUCUAGGUCUUGAUUCCGUUUUUCGAGUUUUGAAUUCCUCAUUCAUUGAAGCUUCAAGCUGCAUUGGAGCUUCAAUCCUGACUAACACCGAAGCUUGAUUUUCGAUUUUCUACUUCGAAUUUCUGUUCCCGUGAUCAAUUUUAGUUCAACAAACAGUGUGCUGGGUUUGGAUUGUUUUGAAUGGCUAAAAACUUCUGAUUCUUGUCUAGGGAGGUGGAAAUGGUGAAGGAGAGUUUUGGUGUUAUGAAUGGUGGUGAUAGGGUUUGUGAGAAUGGGGUUAAGGAGGACGAUGAGAGUCUUGGGGAUCAUAUACUCGAGGAAAUGGAGUCUUUUUUCCUUGACAUAGAUGAGCGGUUGAUCAUCUCUAGGAUGGUGAAUGAUUCUGUUAUAAAGGGUAUGGUUAAUGCUGUUGAGGAACAGGCAGCUGAGAGAAUUGCUCAGAAAGAAUCGGAGUUGGUUGGGUUGAAGAAAAUGCUAAGUAGUUUUUUUGUUGGUUCGGAUGAAACUAAAAUGCUUUGGUCUUCAGUGCGGUGUAAUAAACCUUGUGAAGCCACCACACGCCAUUGUUUAGAUAGUGUUAUUGAGCCAGAUAGGAUUGUGAAGCCUUUGGAUAGUCUUAAAUUUGAGGUACACGAGCAGUUAAAUUUUCUCAAGAAAGAAAUAAAUAAAAUUAGAGGACCUAGUUCCAUCAGAAGAUAUAGUUCGGGUUCUGAUUUGGUGGGUUUAAGUGGUAUUUUGCAGGAGAAUGUGCCAGAGAGAUGGAUUUACGUCGAUAAAGCUUUUGAAAGUCUGAAAGAUAUUAUAGACUCUUUCUGCAGAAGGGUAGAAAUUAUGGAUCAGUUAUCAAAGGCAACACUUUCUGAGUGGCAGGAGGAGCAGGAGUUUCAGUUGGAAAUUGAGCGGAUGGUGAUCCGCAAUUGCGUCUGGAGUUUGCAGCAGGAGUUUGAACACCAACUAAGAGACAUUUGUGAAUCUGAAAGUAGAAAUAGUUUUGACCAAUAUAAAGAGAUUUCAAGUUUGCGUCAGGAUUUGGAUUCAAUUUUUAGAACACUAUCUGUUUUUGAAACUGGAACACUUAUUUCUCAUGGAUCCUUGGAGAAUACAGAGGAUUGGUGUCAUAAUAAGAGGGCAGACCAUUUCCACUUGAAGCUUUCAACCGAUCAUUUAUCGCCUUCAGUUUUGGAAGAAAACGGAAAGCACGAGGAUUCAAAGAUUACCAAGCCUGAUAGUAAUUUGGAUUCUGCCUCACUAAAGGACAUGACUAAAGAUGAUUUGAUUACAUAUAUAACUAAAAUGAGAAGAAACCAUGAUUCACAAGUGCAAGAGAAGACUGAAGAAAACUUUUGUCUUAGGCGGGAACUGUUGAAUUUGAAAGAAAGAGGUUCUUCCUUUUCAUUGAAAAAGGACAAGGAUUUUGAUUUGCUGAAGAAAAAAAUUCCCGACGUUGUUUCAAAAUUGAACGAAAUCCUUGAUGGAAAUGAGAAAUUGCGUCAAUUCAGUGAAAACAUUGAAUCUCUCAGCAGUUUAAAUGAUAGCUUGGAUUUUUUGCAAUCUGAGAAUCAUCAACUGAAGGAUACACUAACCGAUAACAAGACGGAACUGAAGAGUCUAUCUUCUCAGCUUUCUGUUGCUACGGAGAAAUUGUCACAGCAACAACUGACUGAGGAAAAUUUGUUACAAACUGUUCAAAAGCUUGAGGAUGAUAUUGGGGAUGCACAUGCUGAAGUUUCAGUUAUUCAUGAUGUAUAUAAAUGUCUCUUUGAAGAUAUGGCAAGUGAAUGUAGAUUCAUUACUGAAGACUUGCAUCUCAAGUAUGGUUUCAUGCAAGAAAUAUACGAUAUAAUAUUGAAAGAAACUAUCGACAGUGCUCAAGCUUCCAAUGGGUUGGAAAUAGAAGAAGCAAAUAUGGAGUCAAUUAUGAUGCAAGGGCUACUGGAUAUUAAUCAAAUUAUAUUUAAAGAAGCUUUGGUAGAUGCGGAUGAAGCACUAAAAUUCAAAGCUGCUGAGAAUGAUAAACUUAAAUGUGAAAUACUUAAAUUGAAAUCAAUAGUGGAAGAAAAAGAUAAUAUAAUCCAAGCGGCAACUGAUGCUUUGGAACAAGAAAAGUGUAAGAUGGAAUCUGCCUCGGAACAGCUUGACAGUUUAAGAACUAAGACAGAUCGUCAACAUAAAUGGAUUGUGGAGAACAGUAAAGAGUUGGAUGUUACUAAGGGUAACCUUGUUGCAGCAGCAAAGGAAAUUGAACAAUACAAGGAGCAAAUGCAUAAAUUACAUCAAAAUCUUGAACAAAGAAUGAAUGAGCUUAGAGAAAUCGAUGAAGAAAGAAGAGAACAUUGUGCUGUUACAAAAAAGCAACAAGAUGCAUUGAAAUGUAUUGAGGCAAAAGAAAGGGAAACAAGGAAACAAAUGGAAUCAACCAUUAAUCUUGUCCAUAGAUUAUUGAGAAUGGUUACUGAUGUAGAAGCUAGUGUAAAUGAAGAUAUUUCAAGAAAUUGUUUGAGGCUUGAAAGCAUGAAUUCUGAAUUCAGUUUUCUCAAGAACAAAGCCAGUACACUUAAAACCACGGGAUUGGUGUACAAGCAACGGUUCGAAACAAAAUGUUCUGAUCUCGCAAAGGCUGAAGCAGAGGUUGAUCUUUUAGGGGAUGAGGUAGAUACUCUUCUUAGACUCCUCGGAAAGAUAUACGUUGCACUUGACCAUUAUUCACCCAUAUUGCAGCAUUAUCCUGGGAUUAUCGAGGUUCUGGAGCUUGUAAGAAGAGAACUGAGUGGAGACUCAAGAAAACAUAUUUAACCGUAUGUUCUUGCUAGGUGACAAGUUGUACAGCUAUUCACAUGAGUUACAUGCAGCUGGUAAUGUGUUGCUGCUGAUAAUAUUGUUUACCUAAAACAUCAAUUUUGAGGAAAACAGCAAAAGAAAAGAAUCAAGAGCUUAUGCAGUUGCUAAUGCACCUUUCUUUUUGUCAUACACGAAUAUACUUACUAGGAGACAUGCCCUGUUUGUUUAGCUCUAGUAUACACCAAAUUUGCUUUCUCUCUUUGUAAUGCAGUUUGUUUUUUAUACUACCAAUAGCAUCUGUAUAUGUUAUUUUUGUGGAUUGAGUUUUUUAAAUGGCUUAUCAAUAGUUUUCUGAUUUUGUCUUUAAGUGUAUGAUAUUCUUUUGCACUCACUGGGUUUGUAUUUAAAAUGUUACCAUAAUUGUGUUC